AUGGGGUGGCUUUGGAACACAUCGAAGUCAACUACGGCAAGUGAAGCCACGGUACCAACAGCAUCUUCAGCGGAAUCCUUCGAACCCAUCCCACCCGCUCCGGAACCAGUCAAGCAACAGCUGUCUAGAGAAGAGCAGGCCAAUGAGGAUCUCAAGCAGUUCAUGAAGGAGAUCGAGGCGGAGUUCGACACUGCGAGGAACGAACGAAUCCAGUCCAGAGAAUCCGGCGUGCUCAAACACACCGCACCACUGCCCGACGACAUCUCUCCGGAUUCGUUGUAUCCUGCUGAGAUUCACUGCCGAUCCGCCUUCGAUUAUGCUAUGUUCUGUAACAGUUUCGGUGGCCAGUUUGUGAAUGUGUAUCGAUACGGCACUUUCAGAUCAUGCUCCAACCAUUGGGAUGAUUUCUGGCUCUGCAUGCGCACCCGGAAUUGGGACGAGAAAGACCGGGCAAAGGCUGUCAAGGAACAUUAUCGCAAGAAAGCUGUUAAAUACAAGACCGGACCCAGCAGCGAGGAUAUCUGGGAUGUGCGGACAGAACCAGUCAAAGACGCUUUCCAGGAUAGCUUGGAAGAACUCGAGGCAAAGAUCGAACAUUGGAAGAAGGCCAAUACAGGAGCCCGUGAUCCAUGGGCCGACCAGAAGGGCUAUAUUGCAAAGUCUCUUGCGAGCCCCUGA